AUGAACCAAGUCAAAUCCAAAUACGAAGCUCAAAAUUAUAAAGAAUAUAAUAGUCCGCCUGUAAGUAUAUCAUCGUCAGAAGCUCCUAAAUUUUUAGUUGGGCAAUUUAAACAAGAAACCAUAUUUAGUUUUUUGAAUUAUUACUAUUGCAAAAAUAAUAAAAGUGGAAGAGAAUGGAAGAAAUUUGUUCUAGUUUGUCAUGAAGCUGUAUUUGUUCAAAUAUUUAGAAAUUGUAUAACAAGCGUUGAUAGGUGGUAUAGACGUGAUUUUAAAGAAGUGAAAACUCAAAUGAAUGUUUUUAAAUAUUAUGAAAAUAAUGAAGCUAUUUUCUUAGAUAUAUGUACACGAUCAGAAGGUGGAGAAGACAUAGAAGGAAAUAAAAAUUGA